GGCGAAGGCCCUGCCGGGCGGCCGCGGCCCCUGAACUAUGGUGGCGCUGGAAAACCCGGAGGGCGGCUCGGAAGAGGCGGCGACGGUGGCGGGGGGCGCCCCCGGCAGGAGGCGGAUGCUGCCCCUGCCAGGCUGCCUGCCCUCUCUGGCUGGCUCCCAGGUGAAGAGGUUCUCAGCCUCCAAGCGGAAGCAACAUUUCAUCAACCAGGCAGUGCGGAACUCAGACCUUGUGCCCAAGGCCAAGGGGCGGAAGAGCCUCCAGCGCCUGGAGAACACCCAGUACCUCCUGACCUUGUUGGAGUCCGACGGGGGCACACCUGGCCUGGAGGAUGGGGACCUGGCUCCCCCUGCGGCACCCGGCAUCUUCGCAGAGGCCUGCAAUAAUGCGACCUACGUCGAGGUCUGGAACGACUUCAUGAACCGCUCCGGGGAGGAGCAGGAGCGGGUGCUCCGCUACCUGGAGGAUGAGGGCAAGAGCAAGGCGCGGAGGCGGGGGCCGGGCCGCUGUGAGGACCGCAGGCCAGACGACCUGGCCUACACCCCACGCGACUGUUUCCAGCGCAUCAGCCGGCGCAUACGAGCCAUCCUCAAGCGGAGCCGGAUUCCCAUGGAGACACUGGAGACCUGGGAGGAGCGGCUGCUGAGGUUCUUCUCUGUGUCCCCCCAGGCCGUCUACACGGCCAUGCUGGACAACAGCUUCGAGAGGCUCCUGCUUCAUGCUGUCUGCCAGUACAUGGAUCUCAUCUCAGCCAGUGCUGACCUGGAGGGCAAGCGACAGAUGAAAGUUAGCAAUCGACACCUGGACUUCCUGCCGCCGGGGCUGCUUCUGUCUGCCUACCUGGAGCAGCGCAGCUGAUGGCGGCCCCACGGUCCCCUGCCUGGCGCUGAGAUCUCCAAUACCAUGCAAGGGAAUAAUAUCUCUGAUAUUUUUAGAAUUUGUCAUGGAAAUCUGCUCUUCCCCUUGGGGUGGCUCUCUCUCACCCUUGCCCCAUCUCCGCCCAGCUCUCUCAGGCAAGGGCUGGUGGCUAGGGCCACCCCAGACCCUCCCUGCUCUGGAGCUCUCCACUCUGGGACUUGUAUUUGGGCAGGGAGACCUGGUCUGGGUACUUCCAUGUUCCUUCUUUGGCCCAGCCUGAAGCUCAAGCAGGGAGGGAGAGGCCGAGUUUUUAUCACUUUUAAUGAAUUUGGCAUGAUUUGUUGUAGAUUUUAAAUUUCCCUCUCAGGGGAGAAAAACCAAAACUCACCCCUGCUGAGACACGGUGGGGCUUCAUCCAGCCCCUGCCCCACCCAAUCCCUGUUUCUUGCUUGGGUUGGGGGGGGUCUCUGGGGCCCCACCGUUGCCCCAGGAGCUUCGUGUCUUGUGUGUGUUUGUGCGUGUGCGUGCCCCACUACCCAGGCCAGGAACAGCGUUUUAAAGGCUGGAUUAAUCCUCUUUUUGGAACGUGUGUCCUGCCCUGGUGCCUUUUGGCUGAUGUGUUUUUGCUUGUGUGACAUGGGCAGCUCUACUGUCCCCUCAUACCCCCACUUCCCUCUCCCUUCCUUGGUACUCUGGGGGCUCAGGACUUCCAGCCAGAAGCUCCUGUCCUCAGAAAGCCCUGUUCCCCCACCUCAUGUCCCCUGUGUCCCCCAGCCUGGCUCUGGCCCAUUGAGUCAGGGAGUCUCCGGCCUCUCUGCUGGUCACCCUACCCCAGGCUGUGAGAGCAGGGCUGGGGACCCCCCUUCCGAGUGUGUGGUUAGUUGUGUUUUUGGGAGAAUGGAGGGUUCAAUAAAUUUCUGGUGCUCUGCCCUCGGGCUGGGCGGCUUUUUC